ACUCUAAUCAGCAGAGCGAGAUGAGGACAGCGUGUUGAUAGCGAUCAACCUGACAUUAAUGUCUACGCUAUUCUUGGAAACAGCUUCCUCGUCUCAUGUUAAUUGCUAUUUGAAUUUAUCCGCUUUAUAGACCCAGCCUUUGUGUGUAGUUUUUUGCGACGGGAACCAUGUUUUUGUGUCGCGGAGCGAGGCUCUCCGCCACGGCUUUGGAUCUGUGUUUAAACUCCACGACCAGGGCAGCGGCGCAACUUAAAACAAACAGAGCAGCUGACGUUACCUGGCCGUUGCAUAACAGCCGCACAUUCAAUUGCUCCAGGUCGUUUUGUGGAUAUGUCCGUGGUGGUGGUCGGGAUGAUUCUGCACUUUCGCCUGGUGGAAAGCGAGAAAAGAGGGAGAAGGACAUGUUUUCCAUCAAAAACUGGGACUCGGUUCGUUUCAUAAUCACGCAUCGGGAACAAUUACCUCGAGGAACCCUGUUCGCUUUUAAUUUCUCCAACAAAAUUAUUUUCAGCCCUACAUAUUGUAACACUAGCUUACCGCUAUAUCGGACGAAUGGAGGUCAAAACAGACAGAAACGACAUAUAGCUGGACUUAAAACGGUUUUGUUUACGUCUGGCGCGGAGGUCUGCAAGCAUCGCUUCUGUCCCACGUCGACUGUGCAAAUGAGGGAUCUGUCCUCUGUUGCUGCCGCGCCGAAAGGCCUGGAAGACUCGGACGCUGUUCUCAAAGGGGACCAGACUCCAAAGGAAGCCUCAGCCAAGGUCCCUGAGGAGCCCAAGGUACCAGAGCCCGAAGAGGACAAACCCAGCAAGGCCCAGCAGCUGAAGAAGGUGUUUAAGGAGUACGGAGCAGUGGGCGUCUCCUUCCACAUAUGCAUCUCCCUCAUGUCUCUGGGAAUGUUCUACCUUGCUGUGUCCAGUGGGAUUGACAUGGCUGCCAUCCUGUACAAGAUAGGUUUUAGUGAAUCUCUGCUUCAGUCCAGGUUGGCGGCGGGGACCAGUACAUUUGUCUUGGCGUACGCCGUCCACAAGCUCUUCGCUCCUCUCCGAAUCAGCAUUACUUUGGUGUCGGUGCCUCUCCUCGUUCGGUACCUCAGAAAGACUGGCCUCUUCAAGACCCCCAACUCACCCACACCCUGAUUGGCAGACCUCACCCACACCCUGAUUGGCAGACCUCACCCACACCCUGAUUGGCAGACCUCACCCACAGCCUGAUUG